AUGCUAUAAUUUAAAGGAUUCAUAAUAUUCGAUUUAAAGAGAUCACAAUUUUUCUUUGAAAUGAGAAGAGACAUUGAAUAAGACCUUAAAUGGUUCUCUGUUCAGAAGGAAAUUAGAAAAAAAUUUAUUGACGAAGAUGUUUUGGAGGAUAAAGUGUUUGAGAUGCAAUCUGCUUUAGGAAAAGUAAGGGGAAAAUUCGAUGAUUUUUAAAGUAAUUAGAUAAAUAAAUAAUAGAAAGGUUUUUGAUUCUUAUUGCCUCAAAUUAAGUUGAGGAUAUUUAUUUAGCUGAACUAUUAAAUGAGAUUUUUGCCAUCUUAAUUAUCUAAGAACAUUAUAUUAAGGUAAAUCAUACUUAUUAUACAGUUCUUCAAAGAAGAGUUAGAAGUUUAAGCUUUUUUUGAUGUUGAAAAGAAAAUUCAAGAAAAAGAAAAUUAUUUAAACUAAAACAUAUAUUCAAUGUAUGCUUUUCCUAAUCUAUUCUCAUAAAUUUAAUAAUUUAAGAAGCUUUAAAGUUUUAAUGAUUUAGACUUAGAAAUAGAAGAUCCACAAUAACAAUAAUCUGAAUUCUCCUCAACUCAGUAGAUUAUUUUUAAAGGAUUUACAAUUUUUGAUACUUAUAGAUAAUGCUUUUAUAUGUUAAUUAAAAGGGGAUUCGCAAAUGAUAAUAUUUGGAAAAUUUAACGAAUGCAAAUAUAACAAUUUUUAUUAAAAAGAUCAAAGGCUCCUUUGUAACACUUCUUUUUAAAUUUUGAAAUGGGUCAAUUCUUAUUUGAAUAUGAUGUUGAGGCAAGUAAAUAAUUUAAGUUAAAACAUCUAGGAAAUUAUUUUAUACUUCUAACAAAUUCAAAUUCAGCAUAGCAUCCUUAAAAAUUAUUGCUUUCAAAAUUAAAAGGUUUAGUAUAAAGAAUUCCAAAUUAUUAAAGAGUAAUUUAUUAAAAUACAUAGAUAUAUAAACCAGAAUUAGAAAAUAAAUUAAAAUCAUAAUUAUUGGGAGUAAUUGAAGCAGAAGAAAAAAAUUAUUAUUAAAUAUAUUUUCCUAAGUGGAUAGACAAAGAAAAAAAAGAUAACAGAAAAAUUAUAAAAUAAAGAGGAAUGACAGAAAUUUCAUUUCAAAAUAAAGGAUUAACAUUCUAUGAUGAACUAUCUUUAACAGAUUAUCUAACUUAAAGAGAUAAAUUUUUAAAUGAUUUCUAAUGA